CUGUGUGUGUGUCUGUGUGUGUGUGAGAGAGCGAGAGAGAGAGAGGGAGAGAGGGAGGGAGGAAAAUAAGAGCCAUCAGUCCCAUCUAUCUGACUCUCAUACUAUUGGAUAUUAUUAUUUUAGGGGGGGAUCUCUUUAUUUCCUUCAUCUUGUAUUUUUCGCUCAUAUUUGGUCACAAGUUUGAUUUUUAGGUAAUUUUUUUUCCAUUUUAGGAGAAUUCUCGCCGCGACUCUUGUUCUGCUGUUUCUAAUCCCCUUUCUCCGCUUGCUGCAUGGGACGACAGACAUCCGCGUUUAUAUCUGCUUUUAUUUAUUUAUUUAUUUAUUUUUGGUUUCGUCUCCGGACUAAAAUUCUCCGAUUUAUCAACCAACCGACCGACGGACCGGACCCGGCCGUGAGCCACCGUUUUACCUCCACAAACUCAAAGAGGACUUCACUCCUGCGCCUCCAGGAUUCAGUUUGUCUUCCUGUGCGCGUUUAUUAGAGCGGAGUUUUUAUAAAGGAAUAUAAAAAUAAAGGGUGGCAGCAGCUCGUGGAGGUUUCAGCCGGUCCGAGAGGAUGAAAUAGACUCGAUCAACAUGGUGCCAUUUUGGAGAUAAGUCUCCCUCUUUAAUUUCGUUUCUUUACACAUUCUUCUUCAUGGGACGGGCGGAAAAGUGAGACAUCAGGUUGAUUUUCUCCACCUCCUCACCCCCUCCGUGCCUCCCCUCACCUACCCCCCAGAAGUUAUGUCAAGGCCUCUUGCUCAGCUCUUACCGCCGGAUCUCCCUGCCGGGGCCACCAGUCCCCAGUUUGGGGGCAGCAACCCGGCUGGAAGUGGCCCCCAAGGUGGACACCUAACCUCCAUGACCAACCUGAAGUCCCUGCUCCAGCUGCCAAUCAAGGCCGACCAGAGAGGCACCAAGGACUGCAGCGAGAUGAAAGACAAAGACAAGCCCCUGGACUCUGAUGAAGACUCACUGGGUGUCAAUGCCAGUGGGCCUGUUGGGCCCGUUGGGUUGGGAGGAACCCCUGGGCCUGGCGCGUUGCGGCCCAACUCCCAGUCGGCCUUCCUGGGCCCGCUGCUGUGGGAGAGGACCCUGCCGUGUGAUGGAGGUCUGUUCCAGCUGCAGUACAUGGACCUGGAGGAGUUCCUGACUGAGAACGGGAUGGGGAUGCACAGCAAUGGACCCAGCUCCACAAGCGCCCAGAUCCCUUCCCAGAGCUCCCAGUCGGCGGUGCCCAACCAGAGCUCCCAGUGCCCGCCCACCUCUCCUCCACCCUGCUCCUCCUCUUCCUCCUCCAUGUCCUCCUCAUCUUCCUCUUCCUCGCUGCUGGGACUGGAGACAGUCCAGCCACAACCUCCGCCACAACCACCACCUCAGCAGCAGCAGCAGCAGCAGCAGCAAGCCAUGAUGGGAGGACCUGAAUGUCUACAUGGCGGUCAGGCAGUGCCUCAGGACCCGUCACCCACUUCCACUUGCCCUCCGGGACCCCCUGGACCUCCAGCGGUUGCCAAUGGUGGUAGUGACAUCAUGGUGAACUUUGACCCCGACCCAGCGGACCUGGCACUGUCCAGCGUCCCGGGCCAGGAGGCAUUUGACCCGCGGCGGCACCGGUUCUCCGACGAGGAGCUGAAACCCCAGCCGAUGAUCAAGAAGGCCCGCAAGAUGCUGGUCCCCAAUGAGCAGAAGGAUGAGAAGUACUGGAGCCGGCGCGUCAAGAACAACGAGGCGGCGAAGCGCUCGCGGGACGCCCGCCGGCUGAAAGAGAACCAGAUCUCUGUGCGUGCUGCCUUCCUGGAGCGGGAGAACGCCGCCCUGCGCCAGGAGGUGGCCGACAUGAGGAAAGAGCUGGGCCGCUGCAGGAACAUCAUCAACAAGUACGAGAGUCGACAUGGAGACUUGUGAGGUGGAGGAGAAAGAGGAUGACGAUGAAGGAGGAAGGGGCGGGAGGGGAGGAGGAAAUGAGAAAAGGGUACAAGGCAACCCAACAACAGCAGCACUUUAGUUGAAGUGGCGAGGGGAUAAGCCGACGUAGAUCUGCAGUAAGCGCUGUGCGACACCGGGCGCAAACACAUAAAGUGUGUUUUAGUGCACGCGUUGUGCUUCAGGAUGGCAUGACAGGAAAGCACAGCAACGCCAUUUUUUCCAGUUUGACUCUCUUUGUACAUGCUGCUUCGUUGAAUCCACACAACGUAGGCCUACUGUAUCACCUUGUGUCACCUCGGCAGCUUACGUCACCCUCGGUGCUGUGCUUACGGCCGGUGUUGUACUGCGUUUCUGCAGGUAGUGCGUUCAGGCCGCUGCUCCGGCCAAUUCAAACAGUGUGUUGAAUUCACAUUAUGCCAGUGAAAUCUCACUUUCUAAGCUCAAGGCAUGGAUACAAGCCAGGAGAGGUCAGAUGUGUAAUUUUUUUCUAUAAAUAGGACAAAAAACAUGUAUAUUUUUGAACUGGGCAGGAAGGCAAGACUAGUCCAGCAAUGAGGAGAGGGAGGAGGAGGAAGAAGAGGUGCAGGGAU